AACACAUUCCAUCCUCUCGUCACUCCCUGCUAUGGUCCCAACCGGGCAAAGACAAAGGAGAAGGGACUGCCAAAAGGUGCUGAUUAGAUGACUUCUACCCACCUGGAGUUAUUGGAAGGUUUAUCUGUGCCUGCAUCUGGGUGCCUGUAGAGGUGGUCUUUGGACUUCCACAAGAAAAUGUCAUGAUGACUACAAGCGGACCAAAUAGAAUGAUGGAGAACGUUAAUUUACGGAUCAGACAACUCACAAUCGCAUUCUUGUGUCUCUCUUUUACCGGGGCGUCGGAAAUAGAGCGGCGGCUCCAUCAGAAGAUCUUUAAGAACUACAACCUAAAGGUGCGGCCAGCUCAGUACUGGGAGGAGAGGGUGAUGGUGCGUGUGGGGAUGACCCUUUCCCAGCUCGUCAGCUUGAACCAAAAGAACGGAGAGAUGACGACCAACGUGUUCAUGAAUCUGGAGUGGCGAGACUACCGCCUGUCAUGGGAACCAAAAGAUUAUGACAACAUUAAUGUGUUGAGGAUUCCUGCCAACAAGGUGUGGCGCCCUGAUAUCUACCUCAUAAACAACAAUGACGGUCAGUUUGAUGUCGCGCUCUAUGUCAACGUCUUGGUGUACAAUGACGGCACAGUCAACUGGCUCCCGCCGGCCAUCUACCGCAGCUCCUGCUCUAUCGAGGUUGCAUAUUUCCCCUUCGACUGGCAAAACUGCAGCAUGAUUUUCCGCUCGUAUACAUAUGACGCCUCGGAAGUGGACCUGCAGUAUUUUCUGGACGAUGACGGCAACGAGAUCCGGGAGAUUGUCAUUGACGAGAAUGCAUUCACGGAGAACGGAGAGUGGAACAUAUGCCACAAGCCCUCGAGGAAGAACGUCAAGGAUGAUCUUUAUGAGGACAUCACCUUCUACUUGAUCAUUGAGAGGAAGCCUCUCUUCUAUAUCAUCAACAUCAUCGUUCCCUGCAUCCUAACCAGCGUCUUGGCUAUUUUUGUCUUCUACCUGCCCCCUGGAGCAGGCGAGAAGAUGACCCUCUCCAUUUCGGUCCUGAUCGCCUUGACUGUCUUUAUGCUCCUGCUGGCGGACAAAGUCCCCGAGACGUCGCUGGCCAUCCCCAUUAUUGUCAACUACGUGAUGUUCACCAUGAUCCUGGUCACCUUCUCUGUCAUCCUGAGCGUGGUCGUUCUCAACUUGCACCACCGCAGCCCCAGCACGCAUAUCAUGCCCAACUGGGUUCGAAAGCUCUGCAUUAACUUCCUGCCCAAGUACAUCGGCAUGACCCGACCGGAACCAGACGAGUGUGUGCUGAAGGAGGACUCUUGCGACGAAACCCCAGUCCCCAACUUCAAUGAACGCCAGCCUGGAGGGGAGUACUUCUUUCGCAAGAUCAAUCCAGAUCUUGUCAUACCCUGGAGAGGCAGAUGUGAGAGCCCUGUGAAGCUACACAGGCUUCCGGAAACAGACGGCUUCUGUCUGAUUCUUCCACCCAACCUGAAGUCAGCCAUCGCCGCCGUGACCUACAUGGCCGAGCAGCUUAAGAAGCAAGACACGGAUGAUGCGAUGACAGAGGACUGGCAGUACAUCGCCCUUGUGGUGGACCGUCUCUUCCUGUGGCUCUUUGUCAUCAUCACCACAUUGGGCACCUUGGCCAUGUUCUUGGACGCCAGUUUCAACUACACACCUGACAACCCCUUCCCAUAAGGGGGCGCCAAAUCACCGUUUAUCCAUUAUUGUGUUGCUGUUAAAGGAAAACUGCACUUUCUUUUCACCCAUCAUCCACAAUCACAACGUAACACAAUAACACAUGUGCUUCCCUUUUCUGUGCAUUCUAAAUAGUAAAAAAAAAAAAAAAUUAAAAAAAAAAGUUAGUACGAGGUGGCUAACAAGGUAGGUUAUGAGUAUUCAUAAAUUAGGUUAAAUCAAGGGCUGUAAAAAAAUAUUCCAUAAACCAUCCAACAAAACCACAUUUUCAUGCACUGACCUGCAUAUUAACAAAGCUAUAACAACUGUGUUAUGUAAGAGCACAGAGGAACUACUUGUCUGGCGUGGUGACACAUUGCCUUGCUCCCACUGCUUUUACAGUCACUAGAGUAAUAGGUAGUGUUUUUUUCUGAUGCUACUCCUGUAUUGUCUUGUGUUUGUAAAAGUUAAACUAGAUUAUGUCCAGGGUGUACCCCGCCUUCUGCCCGAAUGUGGCUGAGAUAGGCUCCAGCACCCCCCGCAACCCCAAAAGAAGGGACAAAAUGGAAGGCUGGAUAAAAUAUGCAUCUUACUUGUGUGGUAGAAAGCCGAGAAGUUGGUCAACUUUAAAAUUCCACAUGAUAUGUGUCAUGCUUGGACUUGGAUAGUUUGUGCUCCUUCAACGCAGAGGGAAUAUGGGACGAGCCAGGCGUGAAUUCAGGUACAUGAUUCUUUAUUUAUACACUAAACAGAAAAAUAAGCACACUAAGGGCGCUCACAAGGAGGUAUAAAACUUGGCUACAAAAUAUAAACAGGAAACAAAAACACUUGCUCGAUUGGCAUGAAUGAACUAUGAACAGAAACAGCACGAUGGCAAAACUAAAGACAUGAAACAAAAGAGUGCACUGUGGCAUAAAUACAUAAACUUACACGGCAUGGAACUGUAGACGAGGGCGUGAAGGUUGGAACAGCAUGGGUAGGGUGUGUGCGAGUGCGAAGAUCCCAGAAUGAUGAACAGAAAGAAAAUUACUUAAAUACUGGCUGUGAUAAUCAGGAACAGGUGUGGGACUGAGGGCAGGGGCGUGACAAGGUGGGAACUAAUGUGUUGUCAUGGUAACAAAACAGGGAGUGAAAAAAAAUUAACUUAGAGUCCAAAGGGUCAAAAGCACCUGGUAUUCCUAGGCAGUCUCCCAUCCAAGUACUAACCAGGGCAGACACUGCUUAGCUUUGAGAAUAGAUGAGAUUGGGGAUGCUCAGGGUAAUAUGGCCAUACAAAACUCAUGAUCAGACAUGACAGAAAACUAAAUCAGUUGGCAUGGUAAGACAAACAAGGAAAUGCAAAACAAAACUAAAUGUCCAAAAAACUAAACAUCGCAUGACCAAAACAAAACAUGAACCAUAGGCGUGACAAUAUGUAAAAAUAUGGACCAUGAGAAGCAGUGAAUAGUUGGCUACAAACAAAUGAAACACAUAAGAUCUGACAACGUCACUAGGAAGCAUUUUUCAUCUGAGAAUUGAGGAUAAUGCUGAAUAUAGCAUCUCACAGGAGCAAAAGUGCUGAAAGAUACAACCAUUCAGUGAGAGUGGCCAUUGUAAGUCACUGUUUUAUGUUAAUAUUUUUAACUUGUAACAUGAUAAGGCUCUAAUGCUCUUACAAAGUCCGGCAUUAGUGGUUGCAAAGACAGAAAGUGCUCUCCAUGCUGUUGUUGAUGGACUAGUGUUCCUUGCUAUGAGUUCUGUGAAAUCAAUGUACUCAGAAAAUAAGAUACAGUAUGAUGAAAAUAACAAAAUUUCUGUAAAUAUUACAUGUUACUGUGAAUGUCCCUCUUAGCAAAUUACAUACAUUCUUACAGCAUGUAUACGAAAUGUUGUUGGAGGUUUUUGGAUGGUUUUUAGACAGCUUAAUAUGGCAGAUUACAGCAUAUCUGCAAUGAUGCCACAUGUUGGCUUUUGCCGUGAACCCAGGUUACAGGGACAGGAUACGAUGUGCAGUUAAAAAGGUUGUCUAAGUAAGAAGCACCAGCAUGAGACAAGCAGUCAACCACGGGUAAAAAUACUGAAGCUUGUUGUAGGCAGAAAACAUGAAAAUAUGCAUGCAAGCAAUCCAAUUAGUCCAACAAAGCGUUGUGAUUAGCAACAAAAGAUCUUUGUGUCAGUUCAGCGCUCCAAGAGGAAGUGGAAAACAAGGGAGGAAGGAACACUGAAACAGAAAAAAAAAUCACAAAACAGAGGAAAACAAUGACAAAAUCCAAAACUGUCCCUUGGCAUCUUGACAAAAUACCCAUUGCCUGCAUUGUUGGCCGCCUCAUACUAGCAGUUUUUCACUAUUUAAAAGUCACAGAAAAGGCAAAGACAAGUGCAUUCUAGUAUCAUAUGGGGUUUGCGGACAAUGGACAAAAUUCCGGGGGAAAAAAAGGCUGUUUUCCUUUCACUUUUGUACCUCCAAAGCAGUUCAACAUAAUGAGACUUUUAAAUUAUUGUGUUUGUGUCUCCUAUCAGUUUUAAAGUGAUCUAAUUUAAUCAGGUAUUUAACUUAAACAAUUCUAUUUGUCUGUUAUUUGUGUUUAAAAGAUAUGAAUAAAAAAUCAAUUAAAAAAAAAAUGAAACAAUAAUAGCAAUAUUGCGAUUCUCUCAUUGGUGUCUCUGGACCAUAACUUCCGGGAUAGACAAGGGAUUUGAGUCUAAGUGAAAAACGAUGGUGCGGGGUCUUGUCCGCUAGAGGGCAGCAUCCUGUAUUUAUUUCAAACUACAAGGAGAUUACAUGACCAUAAAGUGUAAGUUUUUUAAUGCGUUCGUUACGUCUCGUCUCGAUGACUGUAACGCAGUGGUUUUCAAAUGGGGGUUCACGUACCCCUGGGGGUACUUGAAGGUAUUUUUCAAAAAUAUUCUAAAAAAUAGCAACAAUUCAAAAAUCCUUUAUAAAAAUAUUAUUUGAAUAAUUCUUCAACAAAAUAUGAAUGUAAGUUUUAAAAAAUUGUGAAAAGAAAUGCAACAAUAAUAUUCAGUGUUGACGACUAGAUUUUUUGUGGACAUGUUCCAUAAAUAUUGGUGUUAAGAUUCCUUUUUUUGUGAAGAAAUGUUUUCAAUUAAGUUCAUGAAUCCAGAUGGAUCUCUAUUACAAUCCCCAAAGAGGGCACUUUAAGUUGAUGAUUACUUCUAUGUGUAGAAAUCUUUAUUUAUAAUUGAAUCACUUGGGGUUUUUUUCAACAAGUUCGUAGUUAUUUUUAUAUCUUUUUUUCCAAAUAGUUCAAGAAAGACCACUACA